AUGUUUCCUUCCACAGAGAGCAGCCCAGAUGGAAAAUCUUCUAUGGAAUCUGUCAAAGCAGCUGUACAUGCACUGAAAGAAAAAACUGAUGAAAACAAAGAUGAUGAAUUAUCAGAAGAUCGAGGUCGACCUGAAGGUAGUGAGUCAGGUGCUGAUAUCUCCUCCACUUCUUCAACUGAUGCCCAAGGUUUAUUGAUAAAAGCAACUGGUUCUCCAGCAUCAUCUGGCGCUACAACACCAACUUCAAGUUCUUCAUCAGGUCCAGAAAAAAGACUUCUCCAAGAACCCACAGAACUUGUGAAAGAUGGAAUUUCUACACUUCCAACAGAUAAUGACUUACAGUAUGAAGAAGUAGAAAAAAUGAGUAGUAUUUUACCCACAAUGUGGUUAGGUUCACAAAGUGGAAGUUUGUAUGUACACUCGUCAGUUUCUCAAUGGAAAAGAUGUCUUCAUUCAGUAAAGCUUCCAGAUUCUGUUUUAAACAUUGUUCAUACAAAAGGUAGAGUGUUAGCAGCAUUAGCUGACGGGUCUGUUGCAAUAUUUCACAGAGCAGCAGAUGGUCAAUGGGAUCUUAAGAAUUAUCAUCUAUUAGAUUUAGGAAAACCUCUUCAUUCAAUCCGUUGUAUGGUCUUAGUUGCAAAUAAACAUGUAUGGUGUGGCUACAAGAAUACCAUACAUGUAGUUGAUCCUCAAAGCAUGACUAUAGUUAAAAGUUUUGAUGCCCAUCCACGAAAAGAGAGCCAAGUACGUCAGUUAGCUUGGGUUGGUGAUGGUGUUUGGGUAUCAAUAAGAUUAGACAGCACACUUAGGUUAUAUCAUGCCUAUACUUAUCAACACUUACAAGAUGUUGACAUUGAACCUUAUGUCAGUAAAAUGUUAGGCACUGGUAAAUUAGGAUUCUCUUUUGUGAGAAUUACUUCCAUGUUGAUCUCAUGUAAUCGGCUGUGGAUUGGGACAGGAAAUGGUGUCAUAAUAUCAGUCCCUCUUUCAGAAAGUUCUCUCUCAACAGCAUCUUAUUCACACCAGAAGUGUAUCCACCAUUUUCUUUUCUUGUUCCUCUUGCGGCUCUUCCUCCUCUUCAAUACUGAUUUCCUCUUCCUGAUAUGUAUUCAGCUCAAUGUCAUUGUCACAUUCAGGUUGUAA